AUGACGGGCAGAUUCGCCGAGGGAAGGCACGUGGCAAUCGAUGGCAUCACCGUCGGACCCAAGAAGUCCCCAAGGCUUUCCCCGCCAUUUCCAUCUCGGCCCCACCAUGAACAGGGACAAUACCUUGGGUACCACGGACUGCCAGCCCCUCUCGAGGCGAGGAGAGUGAACCAUGGUGCCACUGCCCGGCAAAAAAAGGGACAAUGCGACUGCUUGCUGGAGAGGGGACGAGGAACAAACGCCCAACCGAUAACUGUUCAGUGUUGUGGAGGCGGGAGACUUGGGACUGCACGCACGCACGCACGGGACCUGCAAAAGACGGCAACUCUGCCCAGCAAACUCCGCCUUCCCCAGAAAUGGCUGGCCCGCGGUUCCCAAGGCAAAGAACAGACGCCCGGGCCCUCAAUCCUCCACAAGAUAGGUGGUCGAUUGCCAUCCGGCCGCCUUGGACCAGCAGAUUGCGCCGCAGAAGAGUACGCCGCCGCCGUAGCAGCAACAGCUAUGUUCGUCCUACCGCCUCCACCUCGCUAUCCCGUCGGAGGCUACCCUGGAGUCCCCCCAGGCCAGCUUAUCGAAACCAACAAUAGCAUCAGCCAUCCGACAGGGCCCGAGUACCAAUUGGUGGUCGGAGAAGGUAGCACUCUCCCCAUUCACUUCUCCCUCCCUCUUGUGUUGGGACGACUGACCAUGAUAGGCACCUAUGUUCUGCGCGACGACCUCCACCUAGCCACCCCUCCUCCACAUCCUUCCGAAGCCCCCGUACACAACCCAAAUCCGCUCGCGACUACCAUAUCUCCACCAAGCUCGGGCACCAAAUUGUCCCUGGUCGCCCUUGCGCCCCGUCAACCGUCGCAAUCACAACUGCACCGAUUUGGCACCAGGACCAGUACGCGCUCCCAAGUCCCCCCGAGCAUCCAAGAGUCGCCGCACGAGACAAACAGCCAGACGAGCGAGGUUGGCUCGCACAGCGCAAAUGGAAACUCGACCUCGCCCUGGGACGGCCUACGGACACCCGUGUUUGGAGAGGGCAAUGCGGCGCUUGCCGUGGUCAAUGGGAAGGACUCCAAGGAUCCGCUCAAGAGGCGGAAACCAAAGAGCAACAUUGUCAAGAGCAACUCUUCGUUUGUCUCCCGAGUGAUUCCGCACGAAGCGCUGACGAAGCGGUUGCAAGAGCACAACCCGAAUGGAUUAUACGCAUUUGCCAACAUCAAUCGGGCGCUGCAAUGGCUGGACUUGACCUCGCCUACCAAAGAAGAGCACAUGACUAAGAUUCUGUUCACCAAAGCGCAUGCCCUGUGUACCGACAUCAACCAGAUCACAAAGGGUCCAAACCACCUCGACAUCAUCAUUGGCUUCUCCACAGGCGACAUCAUCUGGUACGAGCCCAUGUCGCAAAAGUACACGCGCAUCAAUAAGAAUGGCGUCAUCAAUGCGACUGCAGUGUCGGAUAUCCGAUGGCUUCCCAAUAGCGAGAAUCUCUUUCUCGCAGCGCACAUGGAUGGCAGUCUAGUCGUGUACGACAAGGAGAAGGAAGACGCUGUUUUUGUUCCAGAGGAAAACACGUCGGCCCAAGAGAAUGGUGUUGCUGAUGGAGAGAAGAGACCAUUACUUACGGUGCAGAAGUCGGUCAAUUCCAAGAACCAAAAGACCAACCCCGUGUCGUAUUGGCAGGUAUCCAGGUCAAAGGUGAAUGCCUUUGAGUUUUCACCAGAUAGACGCCACCUCGCCGUUGUCUCCGAAGACGGCUCCUUUCGCAUCCUAGACUUUCUCAAGGAAAGGCUACUACAUCAUUACAUGAGCUACUACGGCGGCAUGAUAUGCGUGUGCUGGUCGCCAGACGGCCGGUACGUCGUCACCGGAGGCCAAGACGACCUGGUCUCGAUUUGGUCGUUGGAAGACAGCAUGCUCGUCGCCCGCUGUCAAGGCCACAACUCCUGGGUCACGGCCGUCCAAUUCGAUCCCUGGCGCUGCGACGACCGCAACUAUCGGAUCGGCAGUGUGGGAGAAGACCGACGAUUGCUCCUAUGGGACUUUAGCGUUGGUAUGCUUCAUCGACCGCGCGCAGCAUCGGUGCGACAGCGCGGUAGCAUCACGUCCAACACACUCAAAACCCAACGCACCCGCACCGACGGCUCCGCCACCCGUCUCCGCUCAAACUCCAAUCUCACAUCUGGCAGCCUGCUCGACGACGAGGAAGUCGUGCACGCAGUUGAACCACGCGCCCGUACCGCAAUGCUGCCUCCUGUACUCGUGAGUCUCAUUCCGUCUGCGGGGUUCACACCGCUCAAAUCAGCCUUUCUUCCACUGCUUGGUUUUUUCUGUUCUGAAACCCUGGACUUUUGUCUUUUGCAAACCAUCACCUUGCUAAUUCUCCGCUCCAUCGACACAGGCUAA